AUGUUCUGGACAAGUUCUGUGUCCAGCCGACACACUGACUGUGAGUCUCACUAUGGACGGAGGUCGGCCUCCCACGGCCACAGUCUGUUAAAAACAAACCUGCGUCAGGAGGCAACCAUUACAUCUGGGUGCCCUUUAUAAUUUACGGAUCACCCCACGUGCGCCCACCUCAUUUCGGCCGCUUUCUGGCCUCCAGUGCCUUCUCCAGGCGUCACCAGAGGGGUGUGUUUGCAGAACUGACGCCUUCGUUAAGGCUUGUUUUUAAAAAUUGGCUGUACCCACCCACCUUUCCUUGAGAUAUAAAUAGAAAAAAAGGAGGCUUAAUUAGUAAGGCAAGACAUUCGAGCUAUGUCCACUUGAUCCUCGAAAAGGAAAUCUAAGAGGUUCUUACUAUCACUUUUUCAAUCCUAUAUAAGGUAGGUCGGUAAGGACGCAAACGCACAUCCGUUUUUUUGCUCCUUCAACUCUUUUUUCUGAAUUUUCUUGGGGGAAAAUCUAAGACGGUGGACAAUGAGCAUCACAGACGUCCUCAGCGCGGAAGACAUUGCGGCCGCCCUGCAGGAGUGCCAAGACCCAGAUACUUUUGAGCCCCAAAAAUUCUUCCAGACAUCGGGCCUCUCCAAGAUGUCGGCCAGCCAGGUGAAGGAUGUGUUCCGGUUCAUAGACAACGACCAGAGUGGCUACCUGGAUGAAGAAGAGCUGAAGUUUUUCCUCCAGAAGUUUGAGAGUGGUGCUAGAGAGCUGACCGAGACAGAAACCAAGUCCCUGAUGGCGGCUGCAGAUAAUGAUGGAGACGGGAAAAUCGGGGCUGAGGAAUUCCAGGAAAUGGUACAUUCUUAAAGAGCCCAGACCUUGGAGAUAGACACAAUCAGCUGGAAGGCCUCCAAAACCCCAGGAAAAUGGGAAACCCCACAUCUCCCCCUAAUUUAUUUAUUUACUAACUUCCCGCGG